AUGCCGAUUGAGGUGAGGGUCGCCAGUCCCAAGCGCCAGUCAGGAGGAGUAGAGGGGGAACCAUCCCCCAACGGGUCUAGUCUCCUGACUUUCACUGGGAACCGUGAGCUGUGUACAACCUCAAAUGAGUACCACCCGACAAAUCACCGUCCUGCCCCUGCUUGUGCUCCUGAUUACACCGCGGACACUCUCUUCACGAUCCCAAUUCCCUACGAUCUACGAUUAUCCACGAACACCGCCAUGACCACCAGCUUCGCCAGUCCAGACUCCCUCGCUGAGCUUUCCGCCCUCGUGGAGCGAACGGUACAGCUUCCUUCCUCCGCGCCCAAAAGAGACACGCGACCUGGCCGAACGUCCUACUGA